UUUGACCUCCAAUUAUCAUUCUCCUGCUCUACUUUCUUGCAACUUUCCUUCCCUCUUAUUUUCAUCCUGCCCGUCCUCACCAUAAUCCAUCCAAUCUGUUCCUGCGCUAUUCUUCGUCCUCCCUCCUUUCUAUCUUUAAGAUCGUUAUCGGGACGAAUCGUAGGAGGAGUGUGGUGGUUCUUCACUCUCAUCAUCAUCUCGUCCUACACGGCCAACCUGGCCGCCUUUCUCACUGUGGAGAGGAUGGUUUCUCCCAUUGAGAGUGCAGAGGAUCUGGCCAAACAGACCGACAUUGCCUAUGGCACAUUAGACUCUGGCUCAACCAAAGAGUUCUUCAGGCGGUCCAAAAUUGCUGUUUAUGAGAAGAUGUGGGGAUACAUGAAGUCUGCUGAGCCCACAGUCUUCACCAAGACCACGGCUGAGGGUGUGGCGCGGGUCCGCAAGUCCAAAGGAAAAUACGCCUUCCUGUUGGAGUCCACUAUGAAUGAGUACACAGAGCAGCGCAAGCCCUGCGACACAAUGAAAGUCGGGGGCAACUUGGACUCCAAGGGCUAUGGAGUAGCCACACCCAAGGGUUCACAGUUAAGGUGGGUGGAAUAGUGUAACAAUAUGUUCUACGUGUUGUUAUGGUAUUCCACCUUCCCUGGUGUGCCGCCUUUUCUAUCUCUAUCUGCCUCCACAUACUGCUUAGUGUUGGUGGGUGGGGCGUUUUAUGUGUUUGUUUGAGGGCACAAGUAGCCGCUUAGUGACAUCUGUGUUUGUUGCAUGCAUGUGGGGCUUCAUUGUGGGUGGUUUUUAUUCACUUUUUUUGUCUUUACAGCUCUCCACAACAGGUAAAUGUAUGUGCUUGUGCUUGCUGUUUGGGCAAAGACAUGUUGGAAUGGCAUGCUCUGGAAGCUCUCAUCUGAAAAUGUCUCAUUUAGAAGAUAAUCUGCAUUUUAUAUACAAAAUGUAAUUGCUCUGAGAUAUUUAGCUAAUGCUACUUCAGUGUUCCUUCACGGUUGACUGGUUCUUUAUUUUCAACUAAGUGACUGAAAUAGUGCUUUGGGAGCCAUUUGAAAGCUCAGCCCUGGGUAACUCUGCCAGACACUGUCACAGCCUCCCGCUCAUAGUGGAAUUUACAGACCUGCCACAGAAUACAGUGGCAUUACAGUGGGGAGUUGCAAUUUCAAUCCACACACUCAUCGAUCAAAGCCCUCCAGCAAGGUCUCACUGAGGGGAAAGGAUAAAUAUACUAAAGGCAAAACUGCACAGGGGUGUGAAUGAAAUUGCAUUCACUUUAAUUUAUUCCUGUGGAGGUAUAAGAACACAUAUUUGAAAACCAGGGAGAGCACU